UUGAUGUGUGGAUUCAUUUAGGAAUUUUCUCCGCUCCUCCGAUGGGAAAUGUUGCAUCGUCCACGAUAGGCGCACCGUCGUCGCCGCUAGCUCCACCCGUCGGGCAUCCCAAGGUCCAUGGAAUGGUGUCGUCAUCGUCACCCACGGCAUCGUCGUCGGCGUCGUCCCCGCGGAAACAACACGUGAACCAAGAACAAGAGCCGCCUGUGUUUCGCAUCCUGUCAAGCGACCAACGUGCGACCACGUUCGACGAACGCAUCCACUUGCGUCGCAAAUCCAUUCCGCUCAAACCCCAUCCGAUCCCGCAACUCGUGCGCGCGUCCACGUUCGAUCCACGUAUGCGACACAAUGCCCAAGCCGUGGGCGACGUCAUGUACAAACGGUAUUUCAACGUCGAAGAAACCCGCGACGAGUCGUUGAUGCUGAGCGCCAUUCCCGAACUGGAUGCGCCCAUGGAAGCAAUUGUCGUGGUCGAUCCGUUCUCGACUGGCAUGGUCCUCGCGAGCGAGGUCAUGUCGCGCGACUACCUGUGCAUCGUCCUCUACAGCGACACCCUCGAGGUCAUGCAGCCCCUCAUCAAGUACAUUCCCAAGCACAUGCACACGCAAUUUGCGGCUGAAAUUUACCACAAUGGUGCCGAUCAUUCCAUGGCGGCGUUGGACGUGACCAUUGCGCACUUGAAACAAGUCGGUGUGCCCAUCGUGGGAAUCCUACCUGGUGCCGAAACCGGCGUGAUGUUGGCCGAUCGCGUGUCGGACCGCAUGGGCUUGACCACGAACGGCGCCGACGGCACGGAAGCCCGCCGCAACAAGUAUGCGAUGGGUGAGAAGAUUCGACGUGCGGGGUUGCGUGCAGUCAAGCAAUGCAACGCCACGACAUGGAAGCAAAUUGUUGACUUCAUCGAAAACGAUUUGCGACCGAGUCCGUUUCAGGUGAUUGUCAAGCCCGUGGAAAGCGCCGGCAGCGACGAUGUGUUCUUGUGUCAAAGUCUCGACCAAGUGAAAAAAGCAUUUGGCACCAUCCAGGGCAAAAUAAACCACUUGGGGUUGGAAAACCGAGCGACGCUGGUGCAGGAGUACCUGACGGGCACCGAGUACGUUGUGGAUACGGUCAGCCGCGACGGACAGCACAAGGUGGUUGCCGUGUGGGAGUAUGACAAGCGCGCGGUUAACGGCGCGCCGUUCGUGUACUAUGGCGUGAUCCUGCGAGAAGCGUCGGGACCUACGAUCCUCGCCAUCAUUGCGUACAUUUACAAAGUACUCGAUGCGCUGCACAUUCGCCAUGGCCCAGGGCAUGCCGAAGUGAAAUUUGUACGGGGGGAGCCGUGUUUGGUGGAGAUUGGCUCGCGGUGCCACGGAGGCGAAGGGACGUACAUUCCGAUUGUGACGCCAUGCAUUGGGUACAACCAGGUAGGCGCGACGCUGGACGCGUACUUUGACCCGGCCGCAUUUGAUCGGCUGCCCCCGAUGCCGUCCAAGCUCCACGCGCACGGGUGCGAAGCCAUGCUCGUGAGCUACGCCACGGGCACCGUGAGUUCAUUUCCAGGGUUUCCAGAGAUUGAAGCCAUGCCGAGUUAUGUGUCGCGGAGCUUCCAUACACACGUCGGCGACGUCAUGCCCGUGACCAUCGACAUGUUUACGACCCCCGGCAGCGUCCUGCUCGUCCAUCAAGACAAGACCGUGCUGGAUCAAGACUAUGCGCGGCUGCGAGAGCUCGAACACACGGGGCUGUGGGAGCUACGUCCGUUGCCAACAGCUUCGACCAAGCCCAUGCAGGUGGUGGUGGUCGUGGAUCCGUUCUCGACGGGCGCGGUGGUAGCGCAACGAGUGACGUCGCGGGGGUUUACGUGCAUUUGCCUCUACAGCAACUUGCUCGAGAAUAUGGAGAGUGUGGCGAGUUUGGUUCCCGAUGGCAUCACGCUCGAGUUUGCCGCGACGGUCGAACACGUUGGCGAGAAUGUGCAGGACACGGUGGACUUGUUGUACGCGGCCGCGACGGAGGUGGCCAAGGGCGGACGGGUCGACAUCGUCGCCGUCAUCCCUGGCGCAGAAACGGGCGUGUUGUUGGCGGACGCGAUCACGGAGGUGCUUCAAACGGCGGGUAACGACGUGGCGCACACGGAUGCGCGGCGUGACAAGUACUUGAUGGGGGAAGCGCUGCGAGACGCGGGCAUCCGGGCCGUCAAGCAAGCAAAGUGCACCGAGUGGAGUCAUGUGGAAGCGUUCAUGGCGACACUCCCGACAGACAAACCGCUGGAAGUGGUGCUCAAGCCCGUGAAUAGCGCCGGCACGGAGGACGUGACGCUGUGUCUGUCGAUGGAGCAAGCGCACGCGACGUUUUCGACCAUCUUGGGCAAGGUGAAUGGCCUUGGCUUGACGAAUACGUGUGUGCUCGUGCAAGAGUUUCUCGAUGGCGACGAGUAUGUGAUUGACACAGUGUCGAUGGAGGGCCGUCAUAAAGUCACGGCCAUCUGGAAGUAUGACAAGCGCCGCGUGAAUGACGCUGCGUUUGUGUACUUUGGCCUGUCGAUUGUUCCCGCCAAUGACGACGUGGUGAAUGCACUGAUCGAUUACCAGUUUACUGUGCUCGAUGCGCUGGGGUUUCGCAAUGGCCCUGGCCACGGCGAAGUCAAGUUCUGCCGCGGCUCCCCUGUGUUGAUUGAAGUGGGCGCGCGAUGCCAUGGCGGCGAAGGCGCGUGGGUACCCAUUGCCGACACUUGCGUCGGGUACAAUCAAGUGGAUGUAGCCGUGGAUGUGUAUGUCGGACGUGGCCAUGUGUUUGAUGCGUUGCCCGAGCGCGUACGUGCUAGCUUGGUGGUUUGACGAGUAUAAGCAUGGGGGUUUGACUGGGUAUGUAUGUCUUGUGUGUGUAGCCGCGGACGCUGCCCCAAUAUGGGUGCGAAGUGAUGCUCGUGUCGUACCAAGAUGGCGUCCUGCGCGGCCUCCCUGGCCUCGCCGAAAUUAACAAGAUGCGAUCGUUCUUACGCCAGGACAUGCUGGUCAAGGUUGGCGACCGCAUCCGCCGCACGAUUGACAUGUUUACCACCCCCGGAAGCAUCUUGCUCAUCCACACGGACCCCGCGAUCCUGGACGCUGACCGCCGCCGCAUCCGCGAGUUGGAACACGGCGGACUGUAUGCGAUGGAGACGCGUAGUUAAUCGUGUCUGUCCACAAGGCAGCAUCCAGCACGGUUGGCAGGUCUCGACAGUUUUGAUGGCAGUUGAUUGGGGACAUAGGCUAUAGAAUAUAAAAUAUAUAUAUUGCGAAUGCAUGGUGAAC